CACUUCCCGCCACUCAGCGGCGGCGCAGCGCAGUGGGGCGGGUCUUAGCGCUGACGGACAGCCCGCCUCAUCCAAUCGGAGCCCGCGCCGCGGCCCGGCCAUGUCGGCAGCGGCGGUUCCGCCCGCCCGGCCAACAUGGCCCUGACGGCCGAGACCGAGUCCCGCCUGUACCGCUCGCUGCGCGUGGUCUCCGGCGCCGCCGCGCACCUCGUGGCGCUGGGAUUCCCCGCCGCCGUGGCCGUGCUGGCGCGGCCAGGAUCCAGUCUCUUCUCCUGGCACCCGCUGCUCAUGGCCCUCGCGUUCUCGUUCCUGAUGACGGAAGCGCUGCUGAUCUUCUCCCCGGAGACCUCGCUGCUGCGCUCCUUCUCCCGCAAGGUCCGAGUGCGGGUGCACUGGGCCCUGCAGCUGCUCGCCCUGCUCUGCGCGCUCCUGGGGCUGGGAAUCAUUACCUACAACAAGCACCUGAACGGCAAGGGCCACUUUGUCACCUGGCACGGGCUGACGGGGCUGCUGGCCGUGCUGUACACGGGCGGGCAGUGCGCCGGCGGCGUGCUCCUGCUCUACCCUAAGCUGAUGAAGAACUGGACGCUGGCCAAGCUGAAGCUGUACCACGCAACCUCAGGGCUGGUGGGCUACCUGCUGGGCUGUGCCAGCCUGAUGCUGGGCAUGUGCUCCCUCUGGUUCACCACCACGGUGACCGGUGCCUCGUGGUACCUCGCUAUGCUGUGUCCCCUCGUCACCAGCCUGGUUAUCAUGAACCAGGUGAGCAAUGCGUACCUGUACCGCAAGCGCAGCCAGCACUGAGGGCUUGGUGCUGACCUGAACUUCCCAGAGCGAGCUGGGUCUCCCCUUGGAGAGAGCUGGCAGCCCCCCUGCUCGCACAGGGUCUCCUUGGAACUUGGUUUCUACCUACUCGUCUUUCCUUAGUCCUGGAUUGUCCGUAGUGUCUUGUCCCUGGGGAGCAGCCGCUCCAGAUGCGUGUGACACCUCACCCCUGCCUCAGUGGGGAUGCUCCCUGGCACAGGUAAAGCUGCCAGUCCCUGUGGCAGCUUGGUGCUCAGUGCUGGGAAAUGGAGGGCUCACUCAGGAUUCCUGCUCCUUUUCCCUUCCCACGCAGGGCUGCUUCGGAGCAGGCAGGCCAGGAGCCAUCCUGGUGAGGAGGGCAGGGAGUCCCUUCUCUCCCGGGAAGCUGCAGCAGGCACCACGCUGCCUCUCCUGCCACGGGGGCAGCUUGACAGGAAAGCACAGGGCACGGUUGUGGCUUCAGCCCUGGCAGGGCUGGGGCAGGGUGGUGGCACCCGAGCAACGGUACAGCAGCACGUGUGUCCCCAUGGCACGGGCAGUCCCUGGGAUCAGAGCGGGCAGCUCUGCCCCAAGGCCCUGGGUCUGGACGCCCAGUGCCACGCACAAACCCCUCCUCCGUGGGCUGGGCUCGGCCUGCUGGGGUGGGGUCAGUUUACAGAGCAAAUUACUGAGCUGGGCUGUGAGCGUGCAGCCAGCAAGUCAUAGGGAACAGUGUGAGCACAGCCGGAGACACAGACCUGGGCAAUGAACCCUUGGGAAGGCAGGAAGAAACCUCCUUGCUGGCACAACAGCGUUCCUUCCAGCACGCAUCCUGCUCCCGGCAGGGCUGGAGAGCUGGGAGCGGCUCCCAGGCUGAAAAAUUCCUCUGUAUCCAGAGCUUUUAUUCAAUAAAAAUUUCAGGCAGCUAGA